UUGUCCUCUCACGCUUGCCGUAACGCGUCGAGAGGUUAAAGGGGAAACCUUCUAACAUGAUGCUCUAUUAGCAAAACAACGCUAAAAUAACCAUUUAAAGAGAAGAAUAACUCUCUUUUUUCCCCUCAAACUGACGCGGAUUUUUUACGUUUCUGGGUACGAUUGUAUUUUCCGUCUUCCCGGUCAUGGCGUCUAUGUGUGACUCUCCUGUUGAUGAUAUUGAGGACAUGGUGACCUCUCAUGACCCCACUCCUCACGAGCGUCAGUCUGCCCGGAGCAACAUCGUGCCUCGUCCACGCAAACACAAGCUCCAGCCCGCAGCAGAAGAGCUUCAGACCGACAGUGUGAUUCCGGGCACACAGAAGAUCUGGGUGAGGACCUGGGGCUGCUCUCACAACAGCUCUGAUGGAGAAUACAUGGCCGGACAGCUGGCAGCCAGCGGAUAUAAGAUCACAGAGAACCCGUCUGAUGCUGAUCUGUGGCUGCUGAACAGCUGCACAGUCAAGAACCCUGCAGAAGAUCACUUCAGGAACUCCAUCAAGAAAGCGCAGGAGCAGAAUAAGAAGGUGGUUCUGGCUGGAUGUGUGCCACAGGCUCAGCCCAGGUCUGACUACCUGAAAGAGCUGAGCAUCAUCGGGGUCCAGCAGAUCGAUCGAGUUGUGGAGGUCGUGGACGAGGCAAUCAAAGGUCACUCCGUGCGUCUGCUGGGUCAGAAGAAGGAGAAAGGCAAGCGUCUGGGAGGAGCGCGGCUGGAUCUGCCCAAGAUCAGGAAGAACCCGCUGAUUGAAAUCAUUUCCAUCAACACAGGCUGUCUGAACGCUUGCACGUACUGCAAAACCAAACACGCCCGAGGAGACCUGGCCAGUUACCCCAUCGAGGAGCUGGUGGAGAGAGCCCGACAGUCCUUCCAGGAGGGUGUCUGUGAGAUCUGGCUGACCAGCGAGGACACGGGUGCGUACGGCAGGGACAUCGGCACAGACCUGCCCUCUCUGCUCUGGGAGCUGGUGAAGGAGAUCCCCGAGGGAGCGAUGCUGCGUUUGGGCAUGACCAACCCUCCCUACAUCCUGGAACAUCUGGAGGAGAUGGGUCGAGUCCUGCAGCACCCGAGGGUCUACAGCUUCCUCCAUGUGCCGGUGCAGUCUGCGUCUGACAGUGUGCUGAUGGACAUGAAGAGAGAGUACUGCGUCGCUGACUUCACACGCGUGGUGGACUUCCUGAAGGACAGGGUUCCUGGCAUCACUAUCGCCACAGACAUCAUCUGUGGUUUCCCAGGAGAGACGGACGAGGACUUUGAGCAGACGAUGGAGCUGGUGAGACAGUACCGCUUCCCCAGCCUCUUCAUCAACCAGUUCUACCCUCGGCCUGGGACUCCAGCGGCCAAGAUGGAGCAGGUUCCAGCGCACGUGAAGAAACACAGAACCAAAGAGCUCUCUGCCCUCUUCCACUCCUACAACCCUUACGACCACAAGAUCGGCGAGAGGCAGCGUGUGCUGGUCACUGAGGAGUCCUUCGAUUCGCAGCACUACGUCGCUCACAACAAGUUCUACGAGCAGGUUCUGGUGCCCAAGAAGCCAGAGUUCAAAGGGAAGAUGAUCGAGGUGGAUAUAUACGAGGCUGGGAAGCACUACAUGAAGGGCCGGCCGGUGGAGGACGCGCAGGUCUUUACUCCCUCCAUCGCUCAGCCUCUUCAGAAGGGACAGGUGUCUGGACUCCCUCAGGAGCUGAAGGUGACCCAUCAGAAUGGCGCCUGUGCCUCGGUGGCUUCCUCUGCGCUCGUGGGACGCUCCUGGAGGUUUGACGCUGAUGGACUCAAGCUGCUGUCAUUGGGACUCGCUCUGGCUGCAGUAAUCGUGGCUCUUGUGAUUGAGAAGCUCCACUGACUCCACGUGUCAGACGUGGCCUUAUAGAAUGAGCAGCAACCCAAGGACUCAAACUAGUGCUUUAAUGAGAAGUCUUGUGUUUUAAGGUCAAAUAAAUGUAAAUGAGGCUGGAUAGUUAGGGACAUUUCAUUUUAAACUGCUAAAUAAAGAUUCUGUUUAAAUUUUAAAGGCUGAAACCUAUUUUUCUCCCGAGUGACGCCAGCCAUUGUGAUGUUUUAGAAAAGCUUUCAUUUUUUUGUCAAGUCUUUUUUUUUUUUGUAGAAAUCGAAGCCUCUUUGCCUAUGAAUGAGGACAGCUUGAAUGCGUCUUUGGCGUUCUGUUCAUUUUCAAUCCCAGCAGUCUUUCAUUCUCAAGCCAGGUGUCUCACUGUUGGCUUUGGGCUAAGAGCAACAGACUCUUCCCGUCUUUGUUCCCAGCAUAAAGCACGUCUAAUAAAUGAGACUCCACACUCUCA